GUACACCAAUAAGCGCUAUGAAAAAUUGCUCGGUAGCCAACGUGUUAAGCAUACCUAAGCCACGAAAAGGACGAACAAACGAAAGUUUUAACACUGAUAGUCGAUACGAUGAUAUGAUAAAACGGCAUUUUACAAUACAUAGUUACAGUUUUCACCAAGAUGACGUGUGAGGUGUGCGUGAAGUUUCAUGCUAAAUGCUGAUUAUUAAUUGUUAAAUAUUUUACGAUUCUGUUCAUUUUGUGAAGUCUUUAAUAAGUUCGUAAAAAAAAAAACAAUGAAAGAUAACGACCCUGAAGUCAUAAUUUGUCGAGAAGUACUGGAGAACUUGAAAAAAAAUGUAACCCAAAAACUGAAUGAGUUUUAUUUGCUAGCGGUUGAUGACAACGAAGGAAUAGCGCCAAAAUCAUAUGUAAUCGGCUUUGUAGAUUCUUCAAUUGAUGUGGAAAACAAUUAUCCAUAUAACAUUAUUAUAAAAGGAGCUUCUGGCAAAGCUGAGCACAUUGAAGACGUUCAAGAGAGUUUUGCUAAUGAUGAAAAUUUUAGGAAUGUAGGGAAGUUACUUUACUUGGAUUUCAAAGAUCUGGAACUUCAGCUCUGGAGGUUAGUAAAAAACGGUGACACUCAGCCUGAAAAAAUAAAGUAUGAAGUCCAAUCAAAAAAAGAAUUAUGUAAACAAUUAAUAUACUUCAGAGUUUGUAUGAAGUUUGAAGUAGAUCAAAAUAUAGAAAACUGUGAUUCUUCAUACAUUUUGAAUUUGGUGGAUAAAAAGAUUGGUGUUAAACCAUUGUUUUACUUAAAAGAAGCUAAAAAAUUUAUAAGUAAUACAGAUGAGAAAAAUAUGAUUGGCGAUAUUAAAUCGGAAAAUAAAUCUGAUUAUGAAAUUAUUAAUAUUAGCGUUUAUCAAAAUUUAUCAAUGACGCCAACAGAAAAUAAAGAUAUUUCAGAUUUUCCAAUAAUCCAUCAAUCAAAUGAAACUUAUGAUGAAAAGCUGGUCUGUUGUCAACUAGAUGCUCUAUGUGUAGCCAGCAAAAGUACUAGUUUUAAGAGAAUGUACAACUUGUUGUAUGGAAGUAUUGUAAAAAAUGCAGAAGCAAUAUUUUCUUUUUUUGUGACCAAUUCCAAAGACUUGCCGGCUGUCCAUCAUUUUGGGCCAGAAGAACUUUGUCACUUUGUAACAAUUGUUUGUUCACAUAAUCAAAUUGAUUCUUAUAGUAAUUUGAGAAAAAAACUACACAACGCAUUCAAACUAUCUUUAAAUAGGCCGUUGUUCCGUAUAUCAAACGCUUAUUUAUUUAAUGUUACAUCAGUUGCUAAUGAAGAUGGGUUAUUGACUAAUGUACACGAGGGUCUUAAUCCUUCUGGAAUAAACAAUGGCCAAAUUUCAAUAGUUCAGGGUAAAUAUACUUAUUAUCAUUACGGUCAUGGAGGUUUUAACGAUCAUCAAUGGGGUUGUGCAUACAGAUCUUUACAAACGUUAUAUUCGUGGUUUAGAUGGCAAGGAUGGACCAACAAGCCGGUACCGUCUAUUCUGGAUAUUCAACAAACGUUAGUUGAUAUGGGAGAUAAACCAAAGCAGUUUGUUGGUUCCAAAGAUUGGAUCGGCUCGUUGGAGGUAUCUUAUGUCUUAGAUUCUCACUUGGGUGCUACUUGUCGAAUUAUGUCGUUAAGGCAAGGUGACACAUUGAAUUCUGUUUGCCUUGAAUUGGCAGAACAUUUCGAUAGGCACGGAACUCCUGUCAUGAUAGGUGGUGGAGUUCUUGCCCAUACAAUCAUCGGAGUUGAUAUCAAUGAGGAAUGCGGGGAAGUCAAAUUUUUGGUGUUGGAUCCUCAUUACACAGGAUCAGACAAUAUAAAAAACAUUCAAGGCAAAGGCGUAUUUUGGAAAGAAGCAUCGUUUUGGAAAAAAGAUGCUUUUUAUAAUUUAUGUUUGCCAUUGAAAUUUAAUGGCAUCUAACUCUAUAACAUUAUAAUUAAGACUUCCAUAAAUAACCCUGAUAAUUAUAAUUAUUAUUUUAAUAAAGCCAUAAUUAUACACGUGUA